UAACCUAUGCUAAACGAAUACUUCCAUUUAGUUGUUCAGCGUUAUAAAUCUAUAGGUAACACAUCAGUGAUGUGUUGAAUUACAAUUCCCAUCAUCCACCGCCUCCCCAGUGAUCUCUACAUACUGGACUACAACUCCCACUGGCCCAUCUGUCCAGGUUGGAGAUGGAUGCCAAGGCCCCAUAAUUCCAAUAAAAUUGGGGGGGAAAACCUUAAAAAAAAUGAAUUUUGUUGACUAUUGUAGAAGGAAUUCCCAAGAUUACCAGUAAUAAAAAAAAUCUCUGUAUUAGGUUGUUGUAACCACAUAAUAUUGUACAGUGUGUUUGGUUUUGUGUAAACAAUCUCAUAUAAUUCCAUGCUUCAAGCUACUGCGAGUUCUUGGUGAAUCACAAAUCUUGCCAUCACUUGGUUGUACUAUCAGGGCAUAAAUAUAAUACUGUAUAUAUAAAAUACUGUAACCUUAAAAAAAAACUUACUAGUGGAAGUGCUAACUCACCUUUCAACUUUAAAAAAAAAUCUGCAAAUACAAUUUCUGAAAUAGCUUUCAGAAAUCAUGUUUUGGACUAUACUUACCUAUGUCAGUUUGUUUAUGAGAGAUGCUUGGGUAGAGAUGUCUCCCCAAAAAGGCUGCUAGUUUUUGGGUGCACAUGUAGAAAGUUUGAUUUGGUAAAAGCAGCUUUCAAAGGAACAAUAAUUAUGUAUAAAACGUGUGGUUUUAAUACUGAGACCGCCCACUAAAACAAAUCCUUCACAUAUUUGAAUGGUUUUAGACCAUGAAAUCUACCUACUUUUAAAGUGGCUUGGUUUUUGAUGGAAGAGACCAGCGUGGCUACUCCUCUGAAGUUGGGCGUGAUAAGGCUUCUAUAAUAGCUUUUUUUAAAAAAGAUUAAGAGCUUCCCUUGAAUUCUGCCUAUUGAGCUAGCCAAGGCACAGCACGUAUUUUUAAAAAUUGUAAAUUUUAGAUUCCAGCAAAGCCACCUUUGGAAAUCUAGAAAGCUCCAAGGUUUAUCUAAUCUAGAUAAAUCUAGAAAGCUUUGUGUUGGGCCUUAAUCUGAUCCAGAUAAAUCUAGAUGACCCUUCCUCACCUCCCCAUGUUCUCUUCCUCCUUGGCAGAGGAUUGCUGUGUUGUUUACAUUCCCUCCACCUUGAAGGAGUGGAUCCUAUAUAUAAACUCGGGUUGGAGUACCCUCUUUUCAAACCAAAGUCUUUAAUGACUCCUGUUACAAAUAGAAGGAAGACUAUUUGCAUCUCUGAAUGCUUAUCCUAGCAAAAACAUAACUCUCUAGGGUGGUAAAGUUAAUCCCACAAUCUGUUACGCAGUACGACCUUUUUGCCCAGGUCAUUUUUUUCCUGCCUGAGUUUCCAAUAAAAGAUGUAAAGCUACACUCCAAGGUUAAUGGCUUGUACAGGUGAUUCUUGCGUUCUCAUCCUUCCCUACUACAAUUCAUUCAUGAGUCUUCGUUUUGUUGCGGGUUUUCCCCCCCCCCCCCCCACCCCCUUCAGAGUAGCGUAGUAGCAAUCUUUGUAAUGGUCCUGUAGAGAAGGUUAAACUGAGGUUUAGUGGCUGACUGUUUUAAAAUCCUCCAGGGAAUUUGACGUUUGACAAAGUAGAACCUUAGUUUCCGAAUUCCUAAUACUCUAAUUCACUUAGGGCAGUAAUGCGCCUUUUAGCGUGAUGGAAGUUGUCGCGUGUAUUGGCUACACUUGUAUGGCUUCUGGCAAAAAACCUUGGUUUUCAUUGAUUUGUAGAUAGAUGUUCCAGCUGUUUAGUUUAAUAGUAUUUGCAGCUUCAUGGAAACUCGUUUUAUUACCACAAAAUGGUACAGAAUUUAGAUAAUGGUUCCUGUAAUGCUGUUAUGCAUGGGGACUCCUGCUAUUUAAAGCUAAAACUGACAGGUGAUUCUUUGUCUGGUUGUAAUUUCAUUGUUUUGGAAGAUCAAAGCGUUUUCUAUUGGCAUUUAGUGAAAAAAUGGAUAGCCAAAGGGACUGAAACGGCAUUGUUGUUAGCACAAUUCCCCUAGUGUAAAUGCAAAGAGAGUCUGAAGGCUUUGGUUUGAAAAGAGUGUGUGGCAUAUUGUUAGAGCUUGCUUCUUCCAUUUUCGCUUUACACAAGCUUUAUAAGUUUACAAGAUCCCAAUUCCCAAACCAAAUCCUACCGGCGACAAUACAAAACUCGUUAAUGAGUUUUAACGAAACCUUAAAAUGAAUUUUCUUUAUAAACAUUUAAAACAAAAACGUACUCUUGGUAACACAUGACAUAUGUCUUGUAUUAGGUUAUGUGGCAAUAUUUUGUUGCUUCCCAGAAUCAAAUCAAAAUGUAAAUUAAGCAUUGAUUUGAUAAUUCAGCUUCAUGGUCAUCAGUCAGAACAAUAGCACAUAUCAGCCAAUGCUCUCUCACAGUUUCUGAUAGGGCAAGUUAGCUGAAAACUGUAAAAAUGGUAGAAGCAAGCUAUGCAUAUGCUCAUGAUCUUUUGUUAUAUUACAUUUGUAAAUUAAGGAGGUUUGAUAUAUUUAGUCAUAAUAGAAAACUGGCUCUAAAUUAUUGAUUGAUAAUUCUUUCAGAGCAGUUGUUUUGGGUUUUUUUUACCUUGCUCUCUCUGGAAUUGUUUUUUUUUCGAGGAAGCAAUAAUGACAUUGAGAGGAUUAUAUCUUAGAAGAAAAUGCCUUUUUAUUCACAAGUCUGUUUAAAAAAAAAAAAAAGUUUCUUCCUUACAUUAGUUUCCAUCUAACAAGCCUUUUAACCAAACUUCAUAUUCCACAUUCCUCUCAGAAUGGUGGAAUAGAUUUGGUUGCUCUCUUCUGAUCAUAUUUUCCCAGCCACAAAGAAAAUAAAAACUAUUUUAGUCUCAAUCUAAUCCUCUUUUAAUUACCGGCCUUGCACAGAUUAUGCAAAAAAAAAUAUAUUAGCCCAAAGAAAUACUUAAGCAGCUUAUAAACACAGACAAUUCCCCACCACCACCAAAAAAAGUGACCAAAUGAAAUAAACACCCAACAUAAAAUGAUGGAUACGUAGUUCAGGGGAUCGGCGAGUGUUUCCUGCAAAGAACCUCCUUAAAUUGCACCAAUGUUGCUGUUCCUAUGUAUGUAUGUCUCUCUAUCACAUAACCCAGGACUUCUUUCCUCAGCCGCAUAGCUAGGGGCCGAGCCUAGCCAUGAUUUUACCUCCCAUGGAUCCAAGUUUCUUUGGUGAAGAUUUCUUCUGAGAAUGCAAGCCUAGCAGAAAAAGAAGCGAGGAAUUGCCCACCGUUUGGUUCUUACGGAUAGGUAUUUAUGUACUUGGGUUUGUGUAAAUGUAAGUAAUUUGCCUUUGCAGGAAAAAAAUAAAAUAAAAAUUCCCUCUGUUACGUAGCCGUUUCAUAUGUUGACCAGGGUCAUUAAAUGGUUGAACCACAAACGGUAAGGACGGAUGACAGCUGGUUCCUCUUUUUUAGCCGGUUAGAUAGUCCGCUUUUAAUUGUAACCAGUAACUCCCAAAGGGGUUUGGUUUUUGCUCUUGUUAAAGGAAGUGGGUCAAGGAGUGUUUAGUCAGAUUAAUGGGUCCCUCGUUUAACUCAGUAGAUGGUUCUUUUCCAUUAUAGGUGGUAAGUAUUGAUAGAUUUGGCAGGAAGCUGAGCCCGAAGUCCCUUGGUUGACCCUCCCCUUCCUGUUGCAGAUACGAUGGGCGUGGCCACUUGCACGAUCUUUCCGAAUACGACGCCGAAUAUUCCACCUGGAACAGAGAUUACCAAUUGUCCGAAGAGGAAGCUCGAAUCGAAGCUCUCUGUGACGAAGAGAGAGGAAGAAUAUAAGAGGCUGAGCGAAGCUUUGGCUGAAGAUGGGUCCUAUAAUGCAGUGGGGUUUACCUACAGUAGUGAUUAUUAUGAUCCCUCAGAACCCACUGAGGAAGAAGAACAGCCGUUCAAGGCCAAAGUGGCUGUAUCCAAGGCCGAAAGCGUAGAAGAAAACGAAGAGCCCUUUAUCGCCCCUUUGGGAUUGAAUGUACCUUCCGAUGUGGAACUGCCUCCCACGGCCAAAAUGCACGCCAUCAUCGAACGGACGGCGAAUUUCGUCUGCAAGCAGGGAGUCCAAUUUGAGAUUAUGCUGAAAGCAAAACAGGCUCGUAACUCCCAAUUCGAUUUCCUUCGGUUUGAUCACUACCUCAAUCCUUACUACAAAUUUAUUCAGAAAGCCAUGAAGGAAGGGCGCUACGCUACUUCUUCGGAGAAGAAAAAAGAGGAGGAAAAAAAUGUGACGGAAGAUGGCGACGACGAUGAUGAUGAUGACGACAACGAAGGCAAUUACCUGCAUCCCAGCCUUUUCGCUUCUAAGAAACGGAGCAGGCUAGAGGAGCUGAUGAAGCCGCUGAAGGUGGUGGAUCCCGAUCACCCGUUGGCAGCCCUUGUUCGCAAAGCCCAAGCCGAAAACGCCAGUGCUGCGUCUCAGGCGGGUGAAGGCACAACCGCUCCGUCGUCCCAAAUGGAAUAUUCUUCCGAUCCAACAAUGGCAGCCAUGUACUACAGCUAUUACAUGCUGCCCGAUGGAACGUACUGCCUCGCCCCACCGCCCCCAGGGAUUGACAUGGCUACUUACUACAGCGCCUUGCCAGCGGGUGUGACGGUGUCAAGCACCACUGGCGUAGCCACCAUCACAGCGCCUCCGCCUCCCGGCACGACGCCGCCACCAUCGUCUUUGGAAGCCAGCGAAGACACGAGCGGCGCAUUACCUGGCACAAGCACUUCAGCGAGCUCAAUUCCUCCAGUGGUUGCCGUCAUUCCUCCACCUCCAGAUAUCCAACCUGUAAUUGACAAGCUAGCUGAGUAUGUUGCGAGAAAUGGGAUUAAAUUUGAAACCAGCGUUCGUGCCAAGAAUGAUCCGAGAUUUGAAUUUCUGCAGCCUUGGCAUCAGUACAACGCGUACUACGAAUUUAAGAAACAGUUCUUCCUUCAGAAAGAGGCCAGUGACAGCUCAAAGCAGGUCGCCUCUUUGCCGGAGGACGUCUCUACCGACGCGCCCACCGCGGCACCUGGAGAGACCGAGUUUCCUGCUGAGCAGAGUCCUGAAGACGCCGAUUCAGCGGCUCAAGGAAAUAGUGCAAAGGACCCAGCUGCCAUCAAAAUUAGCAACGAUGGCAAACUGAUAAAGGUGUCAUUUGCACCCAUCAGCUUUGCAAUCCGGGCCAAAGAAAACGACAUGCUCCCCUUGGAGAAGAACCGGGUGAAGCUCGACGACGAUAGCGACGAGGAGGAGGAGGAAGGCAAAGAGGGCCAGGAGAACGCCAGCAGCACCUCCACCAGCGCCACCCUCCUUACCCCUUCCAGCGGUGCCCCGGAAGAGAAAAAGCCCCAGCUGACCCAGGAAGAGCUGGAAGCCAAGCAAGCAAAACAGAAGUUAGAAGACCGGUUGGCAGCCGCAGCAAGAGAAAAACUUGCCCAGGCUUCCAAAGAAUCGAAAGAGAAACAGCUCCAAGCAGAACGAAAGAGAAAAGCCGCCCUCUUUUUGCAGAAUCUGAAGAAUCCACUGGCAGACAUGGAAGUUGAAAAAAUGGAGGAAAGUGCCUUUAACAUGGAGACGGUCAGUAACAUGCCCUGCGCUCUGUUGACCGGCAUCCGGACGUUACCAGUCCUAGAAGCCAAGGUGCCCGAAAGGCCUACAAGCAAAUGCAGUGAUCACCCCAGAGAAGAAGAGAAAGAGAAGAAGAAGAAGAAACACAAGAAACGAUCCAGAUCGCGGUCCCAGACGCCUCCUUCGAAAUACCACUCCUCCUCUUCCUCCAAAGCCAAAUCGCGAUCCCAUUCGAAAGCAAAGCACUCGCUUCCCACGGCCUACAGAACCGUCCGGCAUUCCAGGUCCCGCUCAAGAUCACCGAGAAGACGGGCACACACUCCCGAAAGGCAUCGGGAAGAAAGGAGUGUCCCGACUGCCUAUCGUGUGAGCAACAGCCCAGGCAUCAGCAGACGACGCACCCGUUCCAGAAGCCCGCACGAAAAGAAGAAGAGGCGGUCGCACUGUCACGUCAAGUCCAAAGCGAGGUCCCACUCCCCGUCCGUCUCGCCGGGGAAACAGCCCACCCAUAAGAAUUCCAGUCACUCGGCCAGCAUCUCUCCCGUGGAGAGUCGAGGAUCCAGCCAAGAGCGUUCUGGGGGAGUGCCUUUGGAAAAAGAAGGCCAGAUCUCUUCUGCCAUUGUGUCAUCCGUUCAGAGUAAAAUCACUCAGGAUCUUAUGGCCAAGGUGAGGGCGAUGCUUGCAGCUUCUAAAAAUAUUUCAACCAGUGCCUCUUGAGACGGAAAGAUGGAAGCUCUAGAAGGAGCAGAAAGUCCUCGUUAGCUGCAGGGGAAAAGAGUCUUCUUGCAACAGUGCCGAGUUGCAAAACUUCCUUUGCAGAAAAAAGCAGCCGUGGGAAAGGGAGCCUUUGUAAAUUAUGUUCUGAUUGGUUUCUCAGUAAGAAUUUUACAACAAGCGGUGCCUGUAUAUUUGUAAAUACGACAUUCCGGCGAGUGUUACACAAAUAAAUAUGCAGAGAAAUCCUUUUUAUUAGCUAAAGG